GUAUGUAUCAACGUACAUGGUAUCAACGUUUCACGUUCACUAGGAAUUUCCCGAAAGUUUCAUUGGCAUCGAUAUCCUUUGAUAUUUUUCACUUUUAUACAUUUACUUGUUUUCCGCUUCUAUUCUUCUACCCGUUUUCUAUGAAACGAUUCUUUUCUCUAUUACCGAUCCAUUACGACAUAGUUAAUUUUCUUACGGUUCGAUCAAUAUAAGGGACGAUAGCGUAGAAAUUUAGCAAACAAGUAAAGAAAAUGGGAAUGAUACGAGUAGGUUAAAAGGAAAGACAGAGGGUGAUAACGAUGUGUGGGGGUCGAAGCGGAAAGAAAGAGACGAAUCAAGUAGGCAAAAGCAGUAGAGAAAAAAAGGGAGCACAAGUAAGAUCGAGAGGAACGGAUGUGUAUCAGUAUCUUACGAUCUUGGAUGACGAUGUGGGGAAGAGCAAGUAUGGCAGGUGUAAUGGUUCUGAUGUUGGCGUACGUGGUUCGUGGCGAAGGAGGGAUCGGAGAAAUCGGUUCGACCGAUACAGAGGCGGAUAACAUUUUGGAGCGGGCGACUGCGUGGCUAUGGAGUCAGCGUGACAAGGACGCCGGCUGGGGAAACGACACGAAUCGUGUUUUGCUAGUUCUUCGGCUGAGUAAUCUGUCGCGCGAGGAUAACGUGGCUCCUAUAGCUUCGCUCGAGCUGCAACUGAGCAGCAAGCAGAUGGAACUUGAAAUAGUGUUGUUACUUUGGAGGCACAGGGAAGUUGGCUUUUCUCCGGUAAGAUUGGCACGUUACACCCUUGCCUUGAACGCCAUGUGUACGGAUCCAAGACAGUUUCACGGUCACGAUUUGAUCGGUACCCUUCAACAUCACGAACCGCCAACGGAUUACGAAUUUGCUCUGACAACGUUGGCUGCGUGUAACGCACAAGCUCACGUAAGAAAAAGGCAGAUACGUCGAUUAUUGGAUAUCGCGAAUGCCGCUCAAGAUCACAAUGUCGACACCGUUGCGAUGGUGAUCCUAGCUUUAAAGUGUAUCGUUCAGGAUCACAGACAUCGAAAUCUUCAUCAUUUCGUGCGUAAACCAUCGAUCGGUUUGGCGCAGCAACAACGGUUAGACGGUAGUUUCGGAGAUGUUCGUACAACGGCUUUGGUAAUGCAAGCGCUGGAAGAAGCGGAAAACGAGCCGGCCGACAAUUGGAACAGAUCGGCCGCGUUGUCUUGGUUGACUAGCCAGCAACGUGCCGAUGGUUCUUUUGCCGGCGACGUUCGCGUAACCGCCGAAGCUCUUCUCGGCGUGGCUCCACGAGGUUUGGCCAGCAUCAGAACUCUCGAUUGCGGUCAGGGCCUCGCGGAAACGUCACCUCCACGAUUCACUAUCGCUGCUAACGAACCGGUGAUUUCGAACAAUCGUAACGAGAGCGUAGCGACGUUGCUGAUUGCUGGAAAUAAUGCGAGUACCGUGGCUACUGGUACUGGAAACAAUGGAACAAAUGGUAACGCUCGAAAUAGUGGAAACUCUAUAAACAACGUAAACAAUGUAAACAGCGGAAACAACGUGAGAAACACGUUGAAUUCAAACAACACGGAGAACGAUGCGAUCAACGCCGCUGCCGCAGCCGCCGCCACCGCCACCGCCACCGCCACCGCCGCCGCUGCCGUUGCCGCAUCGGUCCCUGUCAUGGUGAACGUUUCGUACACUUUAUGGGUCGGCAGUAAUGUGAACGAAACGUACAGCUUGAUGGUAACAGCUCCUAAGAAUGAAACGUUUUACGAAGUGAUGGUGUUGGCUGCAGAAAUGUCUCCGCAUUUUCAAUUUGUCUCAUCCAAAUGGCCAAACGGACACUACGUUCACGCUAUAGCCGGUUAUAAAGAGGAGCCAAUGUCCUAUCAUUAUUGGUUGUUGUAUCGGCUUACCGCUCUACCAGAUCCUUCUUCACCGCCGGGUAACCAAUUGGUUGCCCCUGGAGGUGUCGACGAUCUACAAAUCAGCGAUGGCGAACAUUAUUUAUUUUGGUAUAAAAAACUAUGAGUAGCAACGAAACGUCGACGUUUAGACGAAAUAAUUGAGAAAUGGAUCGAGCAGGAAGUAAGAACCGUACGGACGAAGGAAACGGAAUCGAGAAGAUGAGAAGGCAAUGAGUAAAAAAGAAAAAAAGAAAAAAAAAGAAAAAAAAAGAAAAAAAGAAAAAAAGACAAAAAGACAAAAAAAGUAUUUAGUUGCUCGGAAACGAAAGCUCACUUUAUUCACUGCCAUCGCUAAACGCAUACGAUAACGUACUAGACAUUUUCCUGGGACGUUUUCAUAUGGUUCAUAGGAAGAUGACAAACAGAUAGAGCUGGCAGUGAUGCGCGUUUAAAAAGCUCUGCUCUAGUGGCCCGUCAUUCAGAUUCAACGCGAAUCGCAUUCGCUCGGAUAAAAGUAAAAGGCGAAAAAUUCUAAAAGAAACAGCACCGGUUUUCGACUGACGCACUCGAACAAAUAACCGACAAACACCAUGCGUACCAGCAUCGUUACAUAUGUAAGCUAAACAGCAUAAUAUUUUCUAUGAAACUGCAAUGCACAACAGGCACGUUGUACCUAUUUGUACGACAUGCGAAUACCGUAUGGCGUACGUGAAUAUCAACGUAACAACUGACAUUUAAUAAAUCCCAUAUCCUAUAUCUAUACAAAGAAUUAGCAAGGAACCCGAUUUCUCGGUAAAUGGCUGCAAGCGCGUUGCUUUACCAUCCUCCAAUACAUACUUGCGCUAGCAGAAAAUAAGACAGAGUAGAGGAGCCAUCGUCAAGCUUACCGUGGUAUCGUCGUCAACGUUUAUUUCCAAGGAAAUACAUCACGAUCAACGGUUUUUCAAUCGAUUUGCCUAAUACUGUAAUCUACAUUCUUUUCUUUUCUUUUCUUUUCUUUUCUUUUUCUCCUUUCAAAUUAAUAAAUAAAAUGUAAUAUAAUGAACAAUUA